AUGGCGACUCCAAUAGGGCCUGCCAUACCUGACCUUCCCCCGAAGGUGCGAAAGCUGGCAUUCUGGCUCCGAGCUUAUGAUCGAAACCCAACUAUCGAAAGCCCUGUUCCCUUGGGUGAGGCGAGACUCAUAGUCAAUUUUGUCACGUCCACAUAUACCACCAUCGGAGCUGCGCGCGGAAAGAGCCGGUAUUGGUUCCCUCCUGCUUGGAAAACGGACAAUGGAAACGUCCGAAAGGCGAUCCAACGAUUCCUCGCGGGUACCAAGUGUCUUCCUCCAAGCGACACCUUCAUCGCAUGGAAACCGAAACUCAGUUCUCUCCCGGAUCUGCCCAUUGAGGUGAUCCUUGUUAUCGUUGAAGAUUUGUCUCUGAGAGACUUCAAUGCCCUCAUUCGAACCUCCCGCCGCUUGCAUAGCCAACUGAACGGGGAACUCUACGUCUGUAGCAGGGUCGGCGCCUCCAACCAUGCCCUGUAUUGGGGGUUCAAACAUGACAUGAUUGGGACGGUGCAGCAUGUGCUCGACACGGGCAUAGAUCCCUUGGAACAAGUCCCAGGAGAGACUUGUCCGCUUUACCUGGCCAUCCAGAAGGAAAGCGUCAAUGUGAUCAGGCAUCUCGUGUCCCAGGGCGGCGCAGUUGCACAAUACCUCAACACCAACAUCGUCGAAACUUUUGUCACUCGGCUCCAAUCUGUUCCACAGUAUCCACUUCCUUUUAUUCAACCGCCUUCUGUCGAAGCACUCCUCCGGAUGGGGGCCGACUCCAACAAACUUUACGACAGCCGUUGGACAAUGCUCUGGUUUGCGAUCCGGGGCAAAUGCGAUGUCACGGUCGACAAGCUUUUUGAAAUCGGACGUGCCGCCCCGGUGACGACAGAGUUUUGGGAGAUGCAGAAAAAACCUAUUGGUCAAUCGGAGGUUGCCACCAGGAACGUUAGGACAUUGCUGAAAUACGGGGCUGAUCCCAACGGUAGAUCAGAAGGCAAAACCACUGCGCUUCAUCUGGCUUGCGCCCUCUGUGAACCUGACGUCGUCAAGCUUUUGUUGGAGGCCGGUGCCAACCCCAAUCCGAGAAAUUCUCGGAACCACACUCCUCUUCACGCCGCAGCCUGGACAUGUGGUGAUGAAGACUUGAUCGAUGCACUUCUCUCCGCCCCCGCCAUCAAGAUCAAUGCGACGGACAACUUUAGCCAGACGGCAUUGCACUUUGCGGCACGGGCUCGGUGUGAACCUUAUGCCCAAGUCUUCGUGGAGAAGUUGUUAGAAUGCCCACUCAUUGAGGCCAAUGCCCGUGACUCCAGCGGAAAGACUGCACUGUAUUGCGCAAUCGAGUCGAAGAACUUUGGCAUCGCUCGCAGGCUUCUUCGGUCAGAGAAAGUGAACCCCAAUGCUGGCGCGCGAGACAAGCUUCCUUUGCUCCUGGCUGUGCGACGCUACGACUUUGACACUGUGAAGUUUCUCCUGGAAUCAGGCUUAGUCAACCCGGACCAGCAGACUGAAACGGGGAUGACCGCUUUGCUGCAAGCCGCUAAGAAUGGCCAUAUUCCCAUGACCAAAAUGCUGCUCCGAGCCGGGGCGAACCCGGAUUUGGCUGAUAGAACGGGGAUCACAGCACGACGGGUGCUCAUUCGACCACUUAUUCAGGUGAAUCUCCCAUCCUAA